CAGACACGGGUACCUGGAUUAAAGCUACCCUAAAUCAGAAUUAGAAUAGGAGAUGGUCUUGCGAUCAUUGAUUUUUUUUUCAUACUUUUUUUCUCAUUUACUUUUGCUGUGCCGCUCUAUCCAUGGUUCGUUUUUUAUCCGUCUUUUAAUAUCUGUUCAAACAUCAGAUUUCUGCAGGGACAUGGCACUUGCCCUGAGUUGAGAUUGAAGGAGUGCAUUUGAUGCCGUUGGUCUUCGGUUGCACUAAUCACAUCCCAGCCUGUCCCAUCCUUAGCUCCCACACUCUUAACUCUACCAAACGAGCCCGCCGCGCUUUCCAAUUUUCUUUUCAUCAGCUGGCGGAUUCUGUCUACCAGGUACCAACCAACCUAAGCAACAACAUUCUUAGGGUCCUCGUCAUCGUUCCAAGUUCAAUUCUUGCCCGACGAGACCCAACAAUCUCUCCAACGUACGCUUCUACUUCUGCAACGGUCCUCAUAACCGUCGUUUCAAGCCUCCAAUUCCCACUUUGGUUUAGACGGAAUCCUCGGCACUCACUCGCUACUACUGCCCCUGGUCACAAUCCUUUAAAAAGGUCUGAUCCGAUCUCCGAAUCCUGCCCUACGCCUGGCAGGGGGUGAAAUGUGGUGACAGCAACUGACUGCACCACUUCACCUGCCUACCGUCUGCGCUGCAGCCACCUGCCUGCCAUGGCCGAGCCAAAGCAAUAUGCUGGCCAUCAUCACUCAUCGUCGGCCGGCCAUUCUAUUCGCUCGCCGCUAAAUCCCAAGAUCAUUCGGUCGCAGAAGAUCGCUACUGUCACAUCGCCAACGGAACCACCGCGGCGGCACGACUACAGUGCACACUUGGCCGACGACGACGACGACGAUGAUGAUGACGACGACGAGGAAGAGGACGACGAAGAAGAAGACGACGACGACGAUGACGAAGUGGAGGAGGAAGCCAUGGACCGCGCCCCACCACUCGCCCGUUCUCACACCCCAGGACAUCUGGCGACCAAAUCCCACGAUCGCCGCGGCAAACCAUCAGAGCUGUCAAUCCGGCACCGCUCUCAAUCUGCAUCCUCCCUAUCUGCGUCUCAUACGCCUGCACUGCCGACCUCUGCCUCUAGCAAAGUGUCACUAUUAUCCGCAAAUACUCUGUACUCGAACGCGCCAGCAACUACACCUACCCCGACAUCCGCCCGCUCCCACCUCCAACUCAAUACCAAGACCAGCACCGAGGCCGACAGAGAAGGGAUGGCAGCAGCGCGAAGAACCCCUGGCCUUCGUUCCACAUCCGCCAUAGCAUCAAAACCCGGCAGCGGCCCCUCGGCCGCCCAGGCGCCUAUGUCUGCUCCGACGAGCACUAACGCUACACCUACAGCUUCGAGCGUACACAAGCCCUCUUCAACACGCACUUCGCGGUCCGGUCCACGGCAUUCUCACCAUACCAACCAAACACACGCACAUAUCCCUUUCCCACCGCUGAUCGACCCACGUACAGCCCCCGAUGUACCCCCCGCGCCAUCCUCGGGAAUGUACUGGUCGCGUGCCCCCGUGAGUGGGGUGCGGCACACUGCACUGCGCGCGCACACGACCACCAUGAUUGGUAGCAACGUUUUUGUGUUUGGCGGCUGCGACAGUCGUGCCUGUUUCAACCAGCUUUACGUACUCGACGCCGACUCGUUUUACUGGUCUACACCUCACGUCGUCGGUGACGUACCUGUACCGCUGCGUGCUAUGACGUGCACAGCCGUCGGGAAGAAGCUCGUGAUAUUCGGGGGCGGCGAUGGCCCCGCAUACUACAAUGAUGUCUACGUUUUGGACACGGUCAACUUCCGGUGGAGCCGGCCGCGGAUUGUGGGGGACAAGAUCCCAAGCAAGAGGAGGGCACAUACGGCAUGCUUGUACAAAAAUGGAAUAUAUGUGUUUGGUGGCGGCGAUGGCGUCAGGGCGCUCAACGACAUAUGGAGGCUAGACGUCAGCGACAUGAGCAAGAUGUCGUGGAAGCUCGUCAGUGGGCCGAGCGACGACACCGCCGUGGGGGCGGCCUCGGGCACCAAGGGGAAGAAGGACUUGCGACCCAAAGCUCGAGGUUACCACACGGCCAACAUGGUGGGCAGCAAGUUGAUUAUCUUUGGUGGGUCGGACGGAGGAGAGUGCUUCAACGACGUGUGGGUCUGGGACGUGGAUACGGCGCUGUGGCGGUCUGUUAGCAUCCCUCAGGCGCAUCGGCGGCUCAGCCACACGUCGACCAUCGUGGGCAGCUUCCUUUUCGUUGUGGGCGGCCACGACGGCAACGAGUACAGCAAUGACGUGCUGCUCCUGAACCUUGUGACCAUGACGUGGGACCGGCGGCGUGUAUAUGGCCUCCCGCCCAGCGGGAGGGGAUACCACGGCACGGUGCUGCACGACUCGCGGCUGUUGGUAAUCGGCGGCUUCGACGGCAGCGAGGUGUUUGGAGAGGUGUGGAUGCUAGAGUUGGCCGUUCAUGCGUACUAUUCGCAAAUUAGUCAUUUCAGCAUUGAUGUCUGAAGGGGAAUGGAGGUGUAGAGCACCGUUUUUGGAUGCUUAUUUUGUUCUACGUAUCUACCUUUGUUCGAGUUACCGGGUCGGGGGAAGGCUGAUCAUGGGUGGUAUCUAUGUCAUUUUCUUUGCUAAUUGAUUUCACUGCGGGCAUGGGAGCGGCGACGAUCAUAGAUUUAUACCAGGGAAAACGAGGCUGAUAAUGACUUUUACUUCUCGUCUCCACCUACACAAUACUACGUAAAGGUUUUGCGUGGCUUAUGUGUUUUUGGCUACGGUAAAUGGCAGCGGUGAGGCUUGAUUAUGAUGUAUGUUGUAGCGGAGACCCAAAACGGG